AUGGCUGAUCCCAAUCUGAACACGCUUCUCAAGUGGGGUGUCGAGAACUCCAAUGUGUCCGAGGGCGCAGAGGCUCCAAAAACGCAGUUGAACUCAGAAGCCCUCGCUGCUCUAUUCGGAGGCAACAUCAAAUCGGACGCGCAAAUGAUGAAGGACAACAUGGAAGUCAUCAAGAGAGACGAGUGCGAGCUGGAGGACCGAAUCACCGCAUUCGACAAUUUCGAGCAGCUCAUCGAGAACCUCGACAACGCAAACAACCUAGAAUCGUUGAACCUGUGGAUACCUCUGAUUGCGCAAUUGGAGAACAAGGAAGCUGAGCUGAGGAGAUAUGCUGCAUGGUGCAUUGGCACAGCGGUGCAGAACAACAUCAAGACCCAGGAGAAGCUCCUAGUACUCGGCGCCAUUCCGACACUGGUACGCAUGUCGACAGGGAGCGACGAGAGAAAAGUGAAGAAGAAGGCCAUUACAGCGCUCUCGUCUUCGGUUAGAAAUUUCCAACCUGCGCUCGAUGAUGCGUUAUCCCACGUACCGGCCGAUUUCAAGCCAACAGGCAAACUUGACGCGAACGAUAUGGAGUCGGUGGAUACCCUGAUCAACAAGCUUCGUGAAAGCUUGUAGAGUGAUCAUAUGGCUGCAUAUGUCGGCGUUUCGGUUCUAGACAUGGGUUAGCAUGAUGGCGGCGUUUGAGUCUUCUUGGGGAAAUGGCAAAAGGAUAUGUAGGCAUACAGUUCAUAGUGUGUUGAAUCGACCUGCGAGUUGCGUAGGCCUUGUGCGCACUCGAGUGCUCUUCUCAAGAGCGUUGUAUCGGAUCCUUUUGCUAGGCGACUUUUCGAGAUCUGCAUCUCACAACACCUCUAGCAUCAGCCCUACCAGCUCGCUGAAUUCUGUUCUACCACUCAUGCGUUUGUCCAGCCCCAUGCCAAGUACUACCAUCCGCGUUUCUCUGUCGUUUUGAG